AUGUAUUUAUUUAAUAUGGGGCGCGUCAUCCUGCUGACUCUCGCCGUCAUGUCCAUGUUGCUGUGCCAGGGGUUUUGUUCGGGAGUUUUUGAGCUGAAGUUGCAGGAGUUCCUAAACAAGAAGGGAGCACAGGGCAACAAAAACUGCUGUAAGGGGGGCCUGACCUCGUCUUUCCAGCAGCAGUGCGAAUGUAAAACCUUCUUCAGGAUCUGUCUCAAGCACUACCAGCCCAACGCCUCCCCGGAGCCCCCGUGCACCUACGGCGGCGCUGUGACGCCCGUGCUCGGCUCCAACUCGUUCCAGGUCCCCGACGUCAUCCCGGAGAGCUCAUUCACAAACCCCAUCAGGAUUAACUUCGGCUUCACGUGGCCGGGGACCUUCUCGCUGAUCAUUGAGGCAUUACACACCGACUCCAAAGACGACCUCUCCACAGAGAAUCCAGACCGCGUCAUCAGCACCAUGACCACCCAGAGGCAUCUGACGGUGGGAGAGGAGUGGUCCCAGGACCGGCACAUCGUCGGCUGGACAGAGCUCAUGUACUCGUACCGCUUCGUGUGCGAUGAGCACUACUACGGGGACGGCUGCUCGGUGUUCUGCCGGCCCAGAGACGACGCCUUCGGCCACUUCACCUGUGGAGAGCGCGGGGAGAUUGUGUGCGACGCCGGGUGGAAGGGACAGUACUGCACUGAACCGAUCUGCCUACCGGGCUGCGACGAGGAGCACGGCUUCUGUGAGAAACCCGGAGAGUGCAAGUGCAGAGUGGGAUUCAAAGGCCGCUACUGCGACGAGUGCAUUCGUUAUCCGGGCUGCCUCCACGGGACCUGCCAGCAGCCCUGGCAGUGCAACUGUCAGGAGGGCUGGGGGGGACUCUUCUGCAACCAAGAUCUCAACUACUGCACCCACCACAAGCCCUGCAUGAAUGGAGCCACUUGUAGCAACACUGGUCAGGGCAGCUACACCUGUUCCUGCCGGCCGGGCUUCACUGGGGCCAGCUGUGAGAUCCAGGUCAACGAAUGCGCUGGAAACCCCUGUCGGAACGGAGGAAGCUGCGCCGAUUUGGAAAACACAUAUACCUGCACUUGCCCUCACGGUUUCUAUGGCAACAACUGCGAGCUGAGUGCCAUGACGUGCGCUGAUGGGCCGUGCUCCAACGGUGGACGCUGUGCUGACAACCCUGACGGAGGCUACUUCUGCCAGUGCCCAACGGGAUACGCAGGGUUCAACUGCGAGAAGAAGAUUGACCACUGCACCUCCAGCCCCUGCUCCAAUGGCGCUCGUUGUGUAGAUCUCGUCAACUCGUAUCUGUGUCAGUGUCCCGAUGGUUUCACCGGCAUGAACUGUGAUCACACCGGGGACGAGUGUUCGAUGUACCCUUGCCAGAACGGCGGGACGUGCCAGGAAGGUCCUGACGGCUACACCUGCACCUGCCCUCCAGGAUACACCGGCCGCAACUGCAGCUCACCCAUCAGCCGCUGCGAACACAACCCUUGCCACAACGGUGCCACCUGCCACGAGAGAAACAACCGCUACGUCUGCGCGUGUGUUCCCGGGUACGGUGGCAGAAACUGCCAGUUCUUGCUUCCAGAGCACGCUGCGAUCCGCGGAUCAGAGGUGCCCUGGAUGGCCGUGGGGUCCGGCGUGGCCCUGGUGCUGCUGCUGCUGGCGGGAUGCGCUGUACUUGUUGGAUUUUUCCGAUCAAAAGUCCAGCGCGGCGGUCAAGUAGAGACCGUCGGCGAGGGAGAGACAAUAAAUAACCUGACUAACAACUGUCACCGCAGUGACAGGGACUUGGCGGUCAGCGUGAUGCCGACGCCAGGCGUCAAAAAUAUCAACAAGAAGAUGGACUUCUGCAGCAGUGAUCCUGAUGAAGGAUCCUCACCAGGGAGGAGCAGCUACAAGAGCCGGCAUCCGCCCGCAGACUACAACCUCGUACACGAGGUCAACUACGAGCAGGCGGCUAAAGAGGCCAUGUUGGAGGCGGCCUGCGAAGACAAGUGCCAAUCCGUGGACUCGUUUGAGUUCGAGGAGAAACGCAGCAAACGUUUAAAAUGCGAUGCAUCAGAAAAGAAAGCUCCAGAAAUGUCUGCAUGUGCGGACACCAAGUACAAAUCUGUGUUUGUGAUGUCAGAGGAAAAGGACGAAUGUAUAAUUGCAACUGAGGUGUAA